AUGCCUGCCCUCUAUUUUCAGAUUAUGUACACAAUAGACGGCAAUGACUCACUCAAGCAAAUAAUCAGACGGACACCCUUGUCAGAUGAUGAAGAUGAAAAACCAGGACCUUCAUCAGAACUUCCAAGUCCACAGUACAUUUGCGGUGAUUGCUACUCGUCAACGGAGUUGGUAGACAGAUGGGCGCACGGAGCUUUGCAGAACAUGUUGGGAGAGGCACUCAAUGCUUGGAGAAGAUGUGGGGGUGUAUUUGAUGAAACUGGUAUAUUUCUGGCUCUUUGUUACCACGGUAUCUCCCUCGUUGUUGCGGAUAUCAUGCAGAGUGGGGAACUAGGCAAGUAUCCUCUGGCUGUUGUCGCAAUACUGCCGGACGUGUUUGGUGAAGGUCUUGCAGGCAGCUUUGACAUUAACUGCAAGUUCAAGACUACCCUUUGGAACAGCCCUCUUGGUCCACAAGCCUGCACACUUAACCACACAUGUCUAGUAGGGACAUUUCAUGGACACGCUCACAGACGCCUCUGUCAGCUCAAUCACCUGGCAAUGUAUGUUGAAGGUCUAGGCCUAGAGGACUUGGAGGGAUGCAAGUGUGCAUUCUCCAAGUCCAAUGCCUUGGCAUUGUCUGUGCAAUAUGCCAGCAUUUUCCACCAAAAACAAGCCAUCAAUACUUAUUUUGAGCACAAUGACUUGUUUGAAGUCUAUUAUAAUUUAUCUAUGUUCCUAUACAACAACUACAAGCAAGCAUUGGACAUCCUUGCCACUGGACCGGUUAAUCUUGCAAAAGCUAUGCAAGAGCUUCAAAUUGUUGAGAAAGGGAUGUUUGAGAGCUGGCUCCAGGAGGAAGAAACUUACCUAACCAGUCUAUGCAAGGAGCAGGUGGAAGAGACACAUCAAAUGGAGUACUGGCAGAAGCUCGCCAAACUCACAACCAGCGAGGAUGAAAAACAGGCUCUGGCGGCCGCAACUAAUAUAUUCUCUUCACAGACUCCCACAACACUAGCUACGCCGAGGGCAAAUCCAACACAAAGGACAGAAACAGCCCAUUGUCAUGCACAAGAAAAAUACGAGAAGAUCUUGGAGGCUGUACAAGCAAUAGAAAUGGGUUAUGCUCUACACAAGCAUAUUGGCAAGGUCUUGCAAGCACAAUCAGCGGCUAUCUGGACAGCACUGGAUCACUAUAACGCCGCUGCAAAGGCCCUGCAACCACCCUGUUGUACCCUGGAUUGGAAGCAGGUUGUGGAGUAUGCAUUUCUUGUAGACUUUGACCUCCUGCGUGAUGCGCAGCAGGAUAUAUUAUCCAGGCCAUGGGCAACUCUGGCCAGCCGUCUUGCAAUGAAUGAGUACUUUAAGAUUAGCAGCACCCAUGAAGAAAUCAAGCAUCUCAAUGUUGAGAUCAGGCGAUUUGCGAUGUACCUGCAUGAUGAAGACAUAUACUUAUGUGCAUGUGAAAAACAACCCACCAAAUCAAUAUACACCGGAGGGAGCAGGGGCGCUUCAAUGCACACCAUGUAUCCCGGUUGGUGGAAAUCUCAUGGCUACCAGGCUUCAGCGGCACCAUACAUCCUGCACUCCUUCGGUGCACAUCCCCUCAGUGACGGCUGGUGGUGGUUCUACGGUUGGGGGGAAAUGGCCCAGGCAGCUGACAGUCAAGAAGACCUUGAGGACGGAGAAGAGGUCGAGGAGGACACUAUCAAAAUCUCAGCGGCCUUUGAACAUAUCGUACACAUAUCUGGCAAUGGCUGA